AUAUCGGAACCCCUUUGAGCUGUUCUAUCUCCUGCAUUAUUACCACAAAACUACAUAUAAAGCAAGCUAAACCCACUGGUCCAGUCACUGUCAAGACACUUCACAACCAUGCCGUCAGUGGGCACUGCCGCCGUCGCCUUGUUCCUUCUCGUAAUCGCCUCCACCGCCGGCGCCCAACUCUCCCACAAAUACUACUCCACCACUUGCCCCGGCCUGCAGCCUCUCGUCCGCCGUAUCAUUGACCAGGCCCUCUCGCAGGAUCCAACAUUGGGCGCCGCUCUUCUUCGUCUCUUCUUCCAUGAUUGCUUCGUAAAUGGCUGCGACGCAUCGGUGCUGCUCGACGACACCGCGACCUUCGCCGGGGAGAAGAACGCCGCCCCCAACAUGAACUCCCUCCGCGGCUUCCAAGUCAUCGACGCCAUCAAAUCCAGCGUCGAAGCAAAGUGUAGGCAAACUGUGUCUUGCGCCGACAUCCUCGCCCUCGCAGCUAGGGACAGCGUUGCCGCGCUUGGAGGUCCAUACUGGGCGGUGUACCUGGGCCGGAGGGACUCCCGGACGGCGAGCCAGAGAGAGGCGGUGGCCAAUUUGCCGCCGCCGGGCGCCAGCCUGUCGACCAUGGUGUCGUCCUUCGGGGCGAAGGGGCUGGCGGCGUGGGACACGAUCGCGCUCUCCGGCGCACACACCAUCGGACAGGCGCGCUGCGCCAACUUCCGGCAGCACAUCUACAACGACACCGACGUCGACCCGGGUUUCGCCGGGGUCCGACAGCUGGCCUGCCCGGCUUCUGGUGGAGACUCCAUAACGGCUCCGCUGGACGUGCAGACGCCAAUGGUCUUCGACAACGAUUACUACCGGAACCUGGUGGCGCGCAAGGGGCUGCUGCACUCCGACCAGCAGCUUUUCAACGGUGGCCAGUACGACUACUUGGUGUCGCUCUACAGCACCAACCAGACAGCUUUCUUCGACGACUUCGCCACCGCCAUGGUCAAGAUGGGGGACAUGAGCCCGCUCACGGGUUCCGUCGGGGAGAUCAGGACGAAUUGCAGGAGGUGGAACUGAUUGAUUGGGUCUCAGAUGAGAUUUUGCGAUGUUUAUUGGAAUUCGGAUUUGUUGAAGUAGGGGAACAAUAAUUUAAUUUUGUAUAAUUAAAUCAAUAAUUUGUGAUCUUCGAAAUCUCUUCUUCCGGA